AGCGUUGGUUGCUAAUGCAAGAGCUACGUGAAGAUAUCCAACAACACUCUCAAGACCCGCAUCAUAAUUACAUAUUUCUUCAUACUACGUUUGAACUCAUGGCAAAGUCGGAGUGCAUAAGAUUCGAUUCUCCCCAGCCUUAGCACAGCUGUAAAAUCAACACACGACGCCAUUCCUCCUCGGCCCAAAUCCACAGCUCAGCUCAAUGGCGGUCACAAUCGCCUUAGCGAACCGGGAAGACUUACCCGCGCUCGCAGAAAUCAAUCGCUCAGCUUACUCGCAGGAAUUACCCUCCAGAUUCGCAGACAAGAACUGGACAGACGUGAAUUACAUGCUCAAUUUCUUCAAGGGCAGACUCGCCGCAAGAUUCAACCACGUCGGCACGCAGGUCUUCAAAGCGAUUGAUCCCGCUUCAGGGAACAUCGUCGGCUUCGCAUGCUGGACGCAUGAAAUUGCUGGCGACGAAGUGGAUCAGACUCCCACGGGCACGAUGGUGCAGAAAAUGUCAUCGAGUGUGAAGGUUGAGUUCAUGAGGACGGUGGGUGCGGAGAUUGAACAGUUGAGGGAGCAUAUGAAAGGGGAGGAGCGCUAUUAUCUAUCCGCGUUCGCAGUUGACCGAAGUCAGCAGAGCAAGGGGGUUGGAUCGCAGCUGUUGAAGCAUUGCUUGCAGAUAGCGGAUGAUGCCGCGCUGCCUACCUGGCUCAUCUCGUUCCCCGGGUCCCACGGCUUGUAUCUUCGGUUUGGCUUUUGCAAUGUAGAUCAUCGCGAUGUCGAUUUGAAUACUUGGGAUAAGAACAGGAUGAGAGGCUUUGGGGUGUACCGCCAGUAUGCGAUGGUGCGGCAUCUAAGGUGAUGGGGUGGUAGGACCAUAGUUUAGAUAUCAUUGAAUGUUCGAUUAUAUGUUGUUAGCCUACGUCUAUGUCUUGA